UAGCGGCUGAGAACACCAAAGGGAUCACAUUUCAUAGAUGUUGCUGUACCCCCUCUCUUCUCCAGGGACCAUGACCUUGGACUCCCUCAGGAGAGGCUUUCUGAUGCUACUGAUGGCCUUGGGCUUGACCCAGGGAGACCCUGUGAAGCCCUCCCGGGGCCCGCUGGUGACCUGCACGUGUAAGAGUCCAACCUGCAGGGGGUCCACCUGCCAGGGGGCCUGGUGCAUAGUAGUGCUGGUGCGGGAGGAGGGCGGACAACCCCAGGAGCAUCGGGGCUGUGGGAGCCUGCACGAGGAGCUAUGCAAGGGGCGUCCCACCGAGUUCGUCAACCACUACUGCUGCUACAACCCCCUGUGCAACCAAAACGUGUCUCUGGCACUGGAUGCCACCCAGACUCCUCCAGAACCGCCGAAAGUAGACGGCCAGCUGCCUCUGAUCCUGGGCCCUGUGCUGGCCUUAUUGGUCCUGGUGGCCCUGGCUGCCCUGGGCCUGUGGCAUGUCCGGCGGCGGAGGCGGGAGAAGCAGAGGGGUCUGCACAGCGAUCUGGGCGAGUCCAGCCUCAUCCUGAAGGCGUCGGAGCAGGGGGACAGCAUGCUGGGGGAUCUCCUGGACAGUGACUGCACCACGGGCAGUGGCUCAGGACUGCCCUUCCUGGUGCAGAGGACAGUGGCGCGGCAGGUGGCCCUGGUGGAGUGUGUAGGAAAGGGCCGCUACGGCGAGGUGUGGCGCGGCCUGUGGCAUGGUGAGAGCGUGGCCAUCAAGAUCUUCUCUUCAAGGGAUGAACAGUCCUGGUUCCGGGAGACCGAGAUCUACAACACGGUGCUGCUCAGACACGACAACAUUCUAGGCUUUAUCGCCUCGGACAUGACUUCCCGCAAUUCGAGCACGCAGCUGUGGCUCAUCACGCACUACCACGAGCAUGGGUCACUCUAUGACUUUCUGCAGAGGCAGACGCUGGAGCCCCAGCUGGCCCUGAGGCUGGCUGUAUCGGCUGCCUGCGGCCUGGCACACUUGCACGUGGAGAUCUUCGGCACGCAGGGCAAACCGGCCAUCGCCCACCGGGACCUCAAAAGCCGCAACGUGUUGGUCAAGAGCAACCUCCAGUGCUGCAUCGCCGACCUGGGCCUGGCUGUGAUGCACUCCCAGGGUAGUGAUUACCUGGACAUCGGAAACAACCCACGAGUGGGCACCAAGCGGUACAUGGCCCCCGAGGUGCUGGAAGAGCAGAUCCGCACCGACUGCUUCGAGUCCUACAAGUGGACAGACAUCUGGGCCUUUGGCCUGGUGCUGUGGGAGAUCGCCCGUCGGACCAUUGUCAAUGGCAUCGUGGAGGACUACCGGCCACCCUUCUAUGACGUGGUGCCCAAUGAUCCCAGCUUUGAGGACAUGAAGAAGGUGGUGUGUGUUGAUCAGCAGACCCCCACCAUCCCCAACCGGCUGACCGCAGACCCGGUCCUCUCAGGCCUGGCUCAGAUGAUGCGGGAGUGCUGGUACCCCAACCCUUCUGCCCGCCUCACGGCUCUGCGGAUCAAGAAGACACUACAGAAACUCAGCAACGGUCUCGAGAAGCCCAAAGUGAUUCGCUAGCCACAGGCCUGAAGCCUGACUCCCCUGUACCUGCAGUGCGUGUGGGGUGGGUGGCAGACGGUGGGUGCCCUGUCUGGGUAGAGGUGGCGUGAGUAUGCGUGCUGGGGAGGAGGGUGCCCCUCUCUGGGCCGCUGUGCCUGCCUGCCGGCUCAUCCAGCCAAAAAUAUAGCUGGGCUGAAACCCGAUCCCCCGCCGUCUGGCCCGCGCAGAGCAGCAGGCUCCCUGACGCCUGGCUCUCUCCCCACCCUCACGCCCUGGGGCGCAGCCCCUACCACCCCCAGGAUAGGAUGCAAAAGAGGCCCCAGAGCCAGGGUGGCCAGGCCAGGGAAUCCCAGUCCCCGGGCCCAGAGCCUAGGCCUGCACUUUACCCCCUGCCCUCAGUUAACCCCACUGCCCCACCAGACCUGCCCGGGUGACACAGGGCCUUGUCCAGCCUUCAGUAGACAUCCUGCCCUGCCAGGUCUCAGCCUCUGGCACAAGCCCGACAGACACCCAGGGCCCGUCAUUUUCUCUGUGUGGGUUUCUAUCUCAGCUCUAUGAGGCCUGGGGCCUCUGUCUCCGGGACAAGACCCCACCAGCUGAGCACCAGCCGCCAACCAUCUGGGAGAGCUGGGGCCCGGAUCCUGGGCCCCUCCCCCACCUCCAUCCUAGCUGCCUUAUUAGGGCAUUCCACCCAGGGAGUCCUGCUGCAGGUGUGGCAGGGUCAGAGGACAGUGCAGAGGUAGCAGGUCAGACGGGUGAGGCCCAGGACUUUCGGACUAACUGAAAGCUUGGCUUUCAGAAGCCCAGCACAGCUGGGGAAAGACUCAGCUGGGAGUCAGGAGACUCAGGUUCUGGUCCUAGGUAAUUGCUCUACGUGACAAGAAUGAGGCCUUCACUGUCCCAGGACCUUCACUGUCCACAGUCCUGAUGUCCUCUGAGGUUUCUUUGAAAUUUCACCCGGUGUCAGAGCUCAGUUCAUCAGUCCCUUCUGCUCCUUUUGCCCCCCAGCCCCUGGCAAUUUGACUCCAGAUGGGGAUUUGAAAAGAACUUUACCUGAGGCCACGAGUGCCUGAAGGGCCUCCUAGACUAAUUCUACAAGCUCCAGUUCCUGCCUUAACUCAAACCAGCCACCAUCCUUGGGCCCAGACAACCCUGGGCCUUUGGGCACGCAAGCCGGCCGCUCACCCCACUCUGUGGCUUAGCCUUCUCUGUCCAGGACUGAGAAGGGCUGAGGGCCGGCUUCCUGCAGGGCCUCUGAGGCUCAGAAGAAAUUUGGCUCCAGCCAGCAAGCCUCCAGCACCCAGGUUCCUGCUCUCCACUGGUCCCUGGCCCAGGCCCACAGUCUUGGCCAGACCCCAGACCGUGUGUGUCUAAGAAGACCCUGAUGGCUGUGGAGAAACACGUGGAAUGUUCAGCAUUUGGCAAUGUCAAGGGUGUAUGUCCAUGUGAUGGAGAGGUUACCCCAAAGCCUGGGCUGGUGGAUGGGAGGUAGAGCCUCAGGUUUGUGGGGUGGGAGGGCUCAGGCUAGGGAUGAGGACAGUCCCAAGCUCAGAAGACCUGGCCUCUCAGCCCUUAGGACAGGGAAGGACCCACCAUUCUCCACAGGAGGUGACAAAAACAGCCUCCUUCCCUCCCGCUGCAAAUGACCCAGCACCCCCCCACUUCCCGUCUGCCCCCACCCAGGGGCGGCUUGUGUGCACCGUGGCAUUUUCCCAGGCCUGGCUCCCUGAGUUGUGCAAGGCCCGAAGGAGAACCAGGAAGUGAAACUGGUGAAAACAGAAAGUGAGAGGGACCUGUUAGGUUCUCAGAUGAUCACAGGGCAGUUUACUUCCCAGCAGUUUUGCGUCUUCUGGUUACUGGAACCCGCUCAGCCCAGGAGUCAGUCCUCCCCAUGACAGAUUUUAUCUCUGCUGGAUUUGGGAGCAAAGAGGUUCCUCCUGGGACUCCAAAGGCAGCAGCUCUCCAGAGGCUGGAAAAUGCCUGAGGGGGUGAAGGUCUGAGGCGGGAAGUGGAGUGACAGGGGCCGGCUAACGGCCAGUGGUCAGGGAUGGAAAGAGGCUUUGGUGAGAGCAGAGCACCCGGUGCUUCCGUCUGAAUGCAGGAAGGUGUGCCAGGGCCCAAAUUACAGCCUCUUACCUGGAGAUCCUGCUUGUGGGAGCACUCAGCUCGUGCUCAGCACACAGUAGGUCCUAAAUAAACCAUGGUCCAAUCUCGA